AUGGUGACAAGUGUGGAUUAUCCUAUCCAUCUUGGCUUAGCGUACCUUUUUCUUGGAGGUUAUGUUGCCAGCCGCAUUUUCCGCGCUUUGAACUUGCCGGGAGCCGUUGGAAUUAUUGUCAAUGGAUUUAUCUUUUCGCAUUUCAUCCAGUUGGAUCUGCUGCAGGGUCGCGAUCAUUUGCAGAGUCUGGCAUUCUUUCUGGUGCUACUCACUGCUGGCUUUGAAAUCUCCAUGGACGAGUUGAGACUCGUGACCUUUGUCUUCGCCAUUUUUCCGGUGACCCUGGAGUUUUUGGGCAUCGCAGCUUAUGCCGUGAACAUGCUGCAGUAUACAGUUGUGGAAGGUCUGGUGUUGGGCAUCACACUCUGCUGUUUGGGCGAUGGCUUGGUGAUCCCGAAGAUGGUGGAAUUCAAAGAGUGCGAGGACUUCAAAGAUCUGCGCCUACCAAGGUUGGUGUUCAAUUGGGCGCCUUUGGAAGCCUCCUACAUCUUGACACUCUUCGGUGUCAUCCAGGGUCUUGCUGAGCCUGCGGAACAGGAGACAUCUUCCUUGUCUGGCUUGGUCGUGACGAACAUCCUGAGACUCGUGGCGACCGUCUUCUUCGGUCGCUUUCUGGGCUAUGUGGCGGCACGCGUCAUCACCAAAGAACGUGACCACUGGACGCUGCCGAGAGCCAAAGACGUCUUGGCAAAAGUGCCUCUUCAUGGCUACCUUCCUAUGGAACCGCAGGAGACCCUGCUGGAGAGUGGCUGCAGCACCUAUGGCCUCGGCGACCUCGGCGACUCCGAGUCCGACGAGCUGCUCUUCGUGGGGCGCGAGGGGCGGAUGGGAGCCGUUGAGGCGUAUCUGUUGAUCCUCUCGGUGGCCCUGCUGGGCUUCGGCUUAGGAGCUUCGGAGGGGAUGACUAUUGUGCCCAUGCCCUUCAGUUCUGGGUCCAUGUUUCAACCAGAGCUUUUGGUCAUCGUCAUCGGCGCCUGCUUCGCAUUCUUUGCGGAGCACUUCGAUGAACAGGUGGCUGAGGAACUUCUGGAGGAACACUUAGAGGAGCUGAAAAUGGAGCAGCAAAAGCAAUUGGACGACUUGACGGCCGAAUUUGAGAAGAAAAUCAGAGAAGCGGCCUCGAAGCAGGAGUUCGAGACCUGCCGGGAGGAGGUGAGAAAGCUGAAGGAAGAGAUGGACUACGAACAGGCGGAGGUGAAGGCCACAUCACACAACCCUGCCACUGUCGAAGGCGUCAUGGCGAUUGUAGGGGGCGUUUGGAUCUUUGGGCAGCUGGUGCUUUUCAGUAUGCUGGGAAGCAAGACAGAUGUGACGGUCUUCCAACAGGUCUUCGCUGUGCUACCCAUCAUGCUAGUGGGACAAUGCUGCCGCCUGCUGGGAGUGUUGGUCGCCACGUAUAGCACCAUCAACUUCCGCGUGUGCGAUGAUGGUGGCAGCAAGUUAGAUUGCAAGUGCAAGGCCAACAACCAACAGACCUGGCGCUCCGAUGCGCUCUUCUGCUUUCUCUCCACCCUUCCGAGGGCGACCAUCCAGGGUGCUCUGGGACCCAUUCCCGUGCGGGAUCGCUUCUUCCACUCGGAUCAGUUCCGCCUCGAGCGAACGCAAUUCAUUGCGGCAGCAGCGAGGCUCUAUGUCGUGGUCAUGGCCGUGGUUGGUUCCAUUCUGUUGGAUCGCUAUGGAGUGAGGGCCUUGCAGAGCAUCAGUUCUGUGGUGGACUCGGGGGGAUACUUUGAACUGGAGACGCUUGCAGGGGAUCUCGGGGAUUGGACCAAGCAUUGA